AUGGGUCUCUCAGAUAAUAUGCAGCCCGCAACAUGGGCCAUUUCCAUACCCUUUAUCGUGAUCACGGGAAUCACUUGUCUGCUGCGGUUCUAUUCUCGUCUCUAUAUCUCGAAGUCCUUUGGGGCGGACGACUGGUUUAUGGUUGCUGCAUCAGUGGGUGUUCACAAUCCUUUUCAACCUUCAAACCUGACCCUGAAGUUUCUCCUGUCUAGGUAUCAUGGCUCGUCACAGAAGGGAUCCUAUAAAGAACUGGACUGCAAAAAGGGUGAUGAACUGAUUGUCACCCUUCUCGUCCGAUGUAGAGUAGAUGCCCCAGCAGAAAACAUUGCGAAGAUCACCAUGCUACUUUUCAUCAUCGAGUUCGUUUACAUCCUGACGCAAUUGCUGAUCAAACUGUCAUUCUUGACGUUCUAUCUACGAGUCUUGAGCGGUUCGCCCGCAUACCGGCUGAUGGUGUUCUGUGCCAUGGGAUUCACCCUCGCUCAAACUGUUGCUGUGUGGCUAUUUUACGGGUUGCAAUGUAUUCCCUUGGGCACGUUCUUCAAUCCCAGCGCUUAUCCAGAAGGGCACUGUAUCCCGACUCCGUUGACAUUGUAUAUCCCCGCUAGUCUUAACGUCUUGACGGAUCUCAUCAUCUACCUACUACCGAUUUACCCUGUGUGGACUCUCCAAAUGUCGAAGAAACGUCGGCUCGGUCUGAUUUUCUGCUUCACCAUCGGCGGCGGCACCAUCAUCGUGUCAGUUCUCAGAUUCAUCGUCCUCGUGCAGCUCGCCAGCGGCUCAAGAACAACAUACGUCUACGGAUCGGUGGAUAUUGUGACAACAAUCGAGCUCAGCAUCGCCAUUAUCACCGGCAACAUGCCGUCCAUGGUCUCAAUCUACAAGCAACAUGUCAUGCGGAUCCACGACCAAAGCAGUGACGGGAAGCCAUCUCCUUACGAACUUGGGACCAUGUCACGGUCACGGUCUCGUCGCACACCUGCAAAGGGCAGUGUUGCCCUCAAGUCGCGGGAAGCCGAUAAUGAAUCCGAGGAAGAGUUGUGCAACAAGGGAGAGAUCAUGGUUACCUCACAUUUCAACGUGACAAGUAGCCAGAAUAGUAGACCGGGAGAUACGAUGCCGUCUUCAUAUUAUAAAUUUACAUCUGAGAGUCCUACGACAGAGAUAGAUGUGGUUCGUUGA